AUGCAAGCAAGGAAUAAUCACCUUCCACUUCAUCAUCCCCAACGUCCUCCACCUCAUCUCAAACCUGCCUAUUAUACCAAGUCUUUUCCCGAUACGGUGAAACUAAAUAAUUUAACGCAUACAAUCUCUCCAUUCAACGACAAAGUUCACAAUGGUGAUGUUGAUGAAAAUUCAAAAAAUACUAUUGGAAUACACUCUGAUUUUCAUAUGUUUGCAAGUUUAUUAGAACCUAAUAAAAAAGUUGCGCAUAUUAUUCAAAAAAAUGACAUCUACAAUUUCACAAGUAAUGGUGACGUUGAUAAAAAUAACAAUGAUAGUAGUAGUGAUAUUAGAAAAGUAUAUGUUCAUUUAACAUCUACCGGUGGUGAAUUAAAAGUUAACGAUGACGAGGAUCAAUUGACGUUGAAGCCAGGAGACGGAGUCUUCAUAACAGAUGUUAAAGCUGGAGACAAAAUUAAGUUUGAGAAUGUGGGUGACAAAGCAGCGGAAUUUGUUUUGUUCGAUUUAGUUUAA